UAUUUAUAGUCUAUUGCAUUCCAAUCUUUAAUCUGAUACAUUUCACUAUUUAUUGUUUUAUAUUUCCAAUGCAUUGAAAAUUUACAUUCAUUUGCUGAUUUUAAUUUCUAUUUCUAAUUCUGUGGACUUUAUUUUUUCAAUUCUUUCUGAUAAUCUGUCCAAUAAAUAUUAGUUAUUUGAAGGGUCUCUUCUCCAUGCAUAUAUAAUGCUAUAUCAGUCUUUUUUUUUUAAGUAUCAGAGAAAGAAUAUAUAGAUUAUAUAGAUUAUAUAGAUUCUGAUGGCUAAUAUGUUUGAUUUUAUUAAGGAUCUUAAUCCUUCUAAAGAGCAAUGGAGGAUAAAGGUUAGAGUAAUCAAACUUUGGAAGCAAAAGAAUUUUCGACAGUUAAAAUUGAGUGAUAAUAUUGAAAUGCUUCUUUUGGAUGAACAGGUAAGAAUUUUGUGUUCUUGAAUUUGGUUUUUCAGCAAGUAUUCUAAAGUUCGCUUUCAUAUCUUUUACUUGUAACACUUUUUUAUGUUUUGUUCAGGGGGUAGGAUUCAAGCAACUCUUAGGGUUUCUUUGCGUUUUAAGGAUACUUUUACUGAAGGAGAAGUUUAUAUAAUUUCAAAUUUUGGUGUUUCUUUGAAUGAAGAUCAUUAUAAGCCAAUCACACAUAAAUACAAGAUUGUUUUUAAUCCUAGAACUGCUCACAGUUUGCUUAAUGAUUCCAAUAGCCCUAAUUAUGCAUUUUCUUUCAUUGAGUUUUGAUAACAUUUUAAAUUAAACUCAAGAAAAUGUUUUUUUAGUUGGUAUAUUUAUUAUAAAAUAAUUUCAUUAUAUUUUUGGCUUAAUUUAUUCAAUUAAAUUGUAGGUUUAAUUCGGUUUUUACAUUAAAUGAUUUACCUUUUUUUGCAUAUGUUAUUGGGUUGUUGUCAGCGGUAAUUGAACGGAAGGAAGUGACAAAAAAUGGUUUUUCAUUAAAUAUGAUUUCAUUUGAACUUGAUGAGUUUUGGCAUUUAAGGAGAGGUAAUGUUAUUGUUUUUAGUAUGUUUUUUUUUUAAAAUUUUUUAUUAUGUAUCAACAUUUUUAUUUUUACUUAAAUUUAAUAUUUGAAAGUUUUUUUUUUUAUUUUUUCAAUGAAUUCUAUUGUUGGAUUUUUUUGUGUAUUAAGGCCUCAAUACAUUAUAUAUGUAUUUUAAUAAUAUUUUAUUAAUUAC